CGCCAUAUUUCUGUUUUCGUGGAAUCAAUUCGACGACCAAGUUCAGGUGACGACUCCGGUCCUGAAUUCCAGAGCGAAAAUUUGAAAGAAGGGCAAGUAGGAAGUUCGUUUGAUCUUCGUGAAAAUUCAGUGAUGUGCCUCAUUGAUCUGUGAUCGUAUCGGACAAACUCCGAAUCGUCUCUCAGAGAGUUUGAAAUCCCCUCUUUUGUGUUUCUUCCAUCGUUGAUCACUCUCUCAGAUGGCGCACCGAAGAACGAAGCUCCUCUUCGUUGUUUGUGCCUUCUGCUACGUUUUUUCCGGCAUUGCAGGGAAGAGCUAUUAUGACAUACUGCAGGUGCCGAAGGGUGCCUCGGACGAGCAGAUCAAAAGGGCUUAUAGGAAGCUCGCUCUGAAGUACCAUCCUGAUAAGAAUCAGGGAAAUGAGGAAGCCAAUAAACGAUUUGCGGAAAUUAGCAAUGCUUACGAGGUUCUAUCGGACGGGGAGAAGAGAAACAUUUAUGAUAAGUAUGGAGAGGAAGGUCUGAAACAGCAUGCUGCCAGUGGAGGUAGAGGAGGAGGGAUGGGAAUGAACAUUCAGGAUAUUUUUAGCCAGUUUUUUGGCGGAGGAGGUGGUAUGGAGGAGGAAGAGAAAAUUCCAAAAGGGGAUGACGUAAUUGUGGAAUUAGAUGCAUCACUAGAAGAUCUCUACAUGGGUGGUUCAUUGAAGGUAUGGAGGGAAAAAAACAUAUUAAAGCCAGCACCAGGCAAGAGGCGGUGUAAUUGUAGAAAUGAAGUCUAUCACAAGCAGAUUGGUCCUGGAAUGUUCCAACAGAUGACAGAACAAGUCUGUGAGCAAUGCCCCAAUGUUAAAUUCGAAAGAGAAGGAUACUUCGUUACUGUCGAUAUCGAGAAAGGAAUGCAAGAUGGGCAAGAGGUCACUUUCUAUGAAGAUGGUGAGCCUAUGAUAGAUGGAGAAGCUGGAGAUCUUAGAUUCCGCAUCCGCACCGCACCACAUGAUCUUUUCAGAAGGGAAGGCAAUGAUUUACAUGCUACUGUGACCAUCACCCUGGUACAAGCUCUGGUCGGUUUCGAAAAAAGUCUCAAACACCUCGACGAACAUUUAGUCGAAAUCGGAACCAAGGGAAUUACAAAACCCAAGGAAGUAAGAAAGUUCAAAGGAGAGGGGAUGCCAUUGCAUUUCAGCACAAAGAAAGGGGAUCUUUAUGUCACAUUUGAGGUGUUAUUUCCCACAUCGUUAACAGAGGAUCAGAAGACAAAUAUCCAGAAAAUUCUUGGUUAGUUUCUUCUUUUUUUUCUUCUUUCUUUUUGUUGUGCUAAAAAAGAUAUAUAUAUAUAUAUAUAUAUAUAUAUACCCAUUGUAGUAGGCUGUAGCAUGUGGUGGAUCAUUAUAAACAUUUGGUAUCGCUGAGCCC